AGAUGGCCUCUCCUCAAAGCGGCUGUCCCAGUCAGCAUCUGCUUCUGUGGGCUUAAUGAGAACUCCAGGCACUCCAGAGACUGCAAAUAACUUUGAGGGCGCCACUAACUUGAGCAGCAGGAAGAGCCAAAGCUGCCAAACCUUCAGGGAAGAUAAGUGAGGGGAAAGAGGUGGUUUCUACAGCAUCGGGCAGAUGGAAGGAUUUUGCGUGGUGGAGUGUGAGCUCCUCCCCUUCAGAGGAGCUGAAAAAGCCCUGUCCUGUCCCCUCUCUGCACUCUAUUUGAUUAGGAAUUCAGGGGCGGGCCCUGGCCUGGCACCAGGCGCACAGUCUCAGUAGGCACUCUCUCUGUUCUUCUCUGUCCCUCGCUCUGUCUCGCUCACGCGUUCUCCUACCCAAGGAGGCCAGACAGGGGGACGUGGUCACUCUCUGAAAGGUGCACCUUGAGCAACAGGAUGCAGUGGGUGUCCCUCCUGCUGUUGGCAGGGCUCUGCUCCCUCUCCUGGGCCCAGUAUGAUGACGACCCUCACUGGUGGUUCCAGUACCUGCGCAGCCAGCAGUCUACCUACUACGAUCCCUAUGACCCGUACCCGUACCCAUAUGAGCCCGCGGAGCCCUACCCAUACGGUGUGGAGGAAGGACCAGCCUACGCCUAUGGCUCUCUGCCCCCACCAGAGUCCCGUGACUGUCCCCAGGAGUGUGACUGUCCCCCCAACUUCCCCACAGCCAUGUACUGUGACAACCGCAACCUCAAGUAUCUGCCCUUCGUCCCCUCCCGCAUAAAGUACGUCUACUUCCAGAACAACCAGAUCACCUCCAUCCAGGAAGGCGUCUUUGACAAUGCCACCGGGCUGCUGUGGAUUGCUCUCCAUGGCAACCAGAUCACCAGUGACAAGGUGGGCAGGAAGGUGUUCUCGAAGCUGAGGCACCUGGAGAGGCUGUACCUGGACCAUAACAACCUGACCCGGAUGCCCGGCCCUCUGCCGCGCUCCCUGCGAGAGCUCCAUCUGGACCACAACCAGAUCUCGAGGGUCCCCAACAAUGCGCUGGAAGGGCUGGAGAACCUCACAGCCUUGUACCUCCACCACAACGAGAUCCAGGAGGUGGGCAGCUCCAUGAGGGGCCUCCGGUCCCUGAUCUUGCUGGACCUGAGUUACAACCACCUCCGGAGGGUGCCUGACGGGCUGCCCUCAGCCCUCGAGCAGCUGUACCUGGAGCACAACAAUGUCUACACCGUGCCUGACAGCUAUUUCCGGGGCUCACCCAAGCUCCUGUAUGUGCGGCUGUCGCACAACAGCCUCACCAACAGCGGCCUGGCCACCAACAGCUUCAAUGCCAGCAGCCUCCUGGAGCUUGAUCUCUCCUACAACCAGCUGCAGAAAAUCCCCCCUGUCAACACCAACCUGGAGAACCUCUACCUCCAAGGCAACCGGAUCAAUGAGUUCUCCAUCAGCAGCUUCUGCACCGUGGUGGACGUGAUGAACUUCUCCAAGCUGCAGGUGCUGCGCCUGGACGGGAACGAGAUCCAGCGCAGCGCUAUGCCAGUGGAUGCGCCCCUCUGCCUGCGCCUCGCCAGCCUCAUCGAGAUCUGAGCGGCCGCACACCGGGCCCCUGCAUCCCCUGCCCUUGGCUUGAUGGCUUGGUUUGGCUUUUGUUGGAAGGUCUGGGACAACCAUGUGACACCAUCCAUGGGCUCCUCUUCAGUCUCUUCCCUGGGCAGGGUUAGGCGGCGUCAGGGGCCGGGCAGGCUUCUGCUGCGGAUGGAGGCAGAUGCCCUCUGUUCCCAGAGCACAGAAGUAGCGGCGGGGAGCCCUGGGAGCCUCAGUCCCACAAAUCUCACUACUCAAGUUCUCCCUGAUGAUCUGAUGUCAGGGAGCUUUCAGCACUGCCUGGGCGAUGGCAUGUAAGCUACUUUCAAGACACCUCUGAUUCUCUCUCUGCACAGCGCCUGGUAACUCUCUGCAUUGUUGGGCUGGCUGUGCGGCCACUCUGAGCUCCUGCUCAUUGCUCCUCAAAAUAUACCUCUUGCUCAGCCACCUCCUCCUCGGUCCACCUUGGCCACUCAGCCCCACUUCAUAGACGCCCCUCCUACCCCUUCAGCAGUCAGGAGUCCCCAAGGCAGGAGGCCCCUGCCCAGCGACCUGUGGAGACAGCCCGCACUUCUGUCCAAGAUUAAAAGGAUACUGAGAGUCGCUGCUCCACCCUCCUUAACCUCAGGGUUGGAAAGCUACCAGAUUGAUGGUCCUGAUAAUAUUUGUGUCCCGAUGCCAAAGAACCAACCUCAGGCUUAGCUGCAUUUCUGGGGCUAGAUUUUCGAAGCUCCUUCAGAUUUCAGAGGAAGAACGGUCAGACCUGGUUAUCCUCAGGGCCCACAGUGGCUGCCAGUGCACCUCACAGGCUGAACUGGGAGGCAGCCUCAGUAGUGUCUUUCCUGCCCAUUGUGCUCUCUGCAUCCUCCUACCAGAGUCUUUAUCCUAGAUAGUGGGGGCCACAGGUUUUCCACAGCCUAAGGAAGCUGGUUUGCCCUCUCCUCUGACCCAAGCAGGAAGGUUUUCUAUACUGAUAGAGAGACAGACAGGACUCAGGGGGCCCAAGGGAGGAGGACGUGGCUCCUCUGUAUGACCUGACUCUUCCAAGGCUCUAGCUUGAGUCUCUGCUGAGGACACUCCCUGGGGUCCAGGCCAGGCAGCAGAUCCCCCCGCCCUGCUCCCCUAUCUCUGAGCUGCACCCCAUGUCUGAAGGUGCCUUUGCUUUGCAGCUUGAUGGGAAAGCGGUUAAUUCUUCCCACCUCCACAAGGCAGAGCUGUCUGGCCUGACCUGCUCACUCCUCUGCUCGGGGUGUGAAGGGCUGAGCCAUCCCCAGGGCAAGGCCGGUUCUGUGGUCUUGGAAGCGGCUUCCUGAAAGGGAAGAGGACACUCGGACCAUGGCUCUAGACCCUGCAGUCCACAAAAGCCAAACUGGGGCGCUCUGAGGGGAGGGGUGAGGCUGCCCCUGCCCGGGCUCUUCGGACAGCACCUGCACAGGGACACUUUCGCCUCCACGUGGAACCUAGUACAGGAGAAGCCGGAGUGGCACAGACCCGACCAAUAAAGUUAUCGUACACUUGCACCUAU